AUCGUGCAGCCUUCAUCAGUCAAACGUGCGUGAUUGCACAGCAGUCACGUUACCUUUUUAUUUGGAACGGUCGAAUUGCUUCGUAGAUGUUAGGAAGCUCAGUUAAAAGAGGGGCGUUCUGUCUUACUCAAAGGCUUUAUAGUUUUCUUUUUAAUAGCCUGCGUAGCAAGAGUUCCCGUUUGGUUUCUGAGCAAAGAUCUAGAAAGACUGAAGAACGGGAUUUUCGGUUUGGGCUGCCCGAGAAAUGGAACGAGGGCCAAAAAAUGGAAGAGGGGGGAGGGGGAGGGGAAGGAAGGAAACCUUCCUUACCUUUCUUCCCCACCCCUCCCCGCUCUUUUACUCGCGCCAUUUUUCACGCGGUUUCUGACUCUUGUUCCUCGUUCUUUGCACCGAAACCCGAGGGAAACGCUUGCUACGCAGGCCAUCUUUUUAAGGGUGUUGUCAUGAGCAUGGACGUUGAGACAAGUUUCCACUACAGGGGUUUACGCGGUCGCGUGCAUCAAAGAUAAUCUACACCGCCCGCCAGUACAUUCUGUUUGCGUAACAGCUGCCAGAAGUUUGUUCUGAUAUCCCCGCAGGUUUCCCGUUCAUAGAAAACGGGAAAGCAUGAUUGCAUGCUCGCGAUAAUAUGAGAAUCAGUUGGCUUGUCUUUGUUCGUAUUAAUAGGUUAUGUGGUAUAGCGAGAUCAGUAUUUCUUUCUUUGUAGCCAGAGUGACUCUGACUAUAAAAUAGAAAUGCUCCUAUAUAUAUACCUUAUAACUCAUUGUUCCAUCUCCUCUGCAGGUUUCUGAGGUGCCCCAUCCAUAUGGUAAUCACGUGCAGUUUGAACGGAGCGUGCGCAAUCCUGUGGGUAAACACUGGAACACGGGCACAACUGUCAAUCAGCUGACAAAACCACGUGUCUCUACUCUGAUUGGUACAAUCAUAGAACCCAUUGAAGCUACCAAGGAAAUCAAACGGAGCAAACCUGAGGAUAGGAAGAAAAAAAAGAAGGGACAAGAGUCCUCAGGCAUUAAAAUUUUCUCGUGAAAUAUGGGCUGGAACACGUGUGUCCUGAGAAAAUGUGUGUAGCCUGCGUUCAAACCGAAUUUUUUCAUGGGAGAGUGGGAGGGAGGUGGUAGAACGAGAUAAAGACUAGUAGCCAGUGUUUUAUGAUGGGGAAGCAUAUACCUUUGUAUAGAAGCGGGACACUUCCUCUGUAAAGGCCUGUUUACAAGGAGAGAGGUUUACCGUUGUGCAAGCGUUACCCUAGCAAGCGAGUUAAAGACACCUUUGGUUUACAAGCAAAUUUCACGGACAGGUUUACCCUAUCACCUGGGUCAACUUUACCAACGUUACUGAUGUGUUUUAUCAUGCUUGACAUUCUUUGUAACGUUGAACGUUUGAACUAAAACUUGAAGUCCACUAAGGAAAACAAGUUAAAUUCACCAAAAAACAGGAACAUAUUAUUAUCGUGUACAGAAAUACCUUAUAUUGUUCAGGGGUUUAUAAUUAAGCUCAGAAAUUGGAUAAUUCCGUUCAAAUUUUCAAGAUAACUGGUCACGCAUGACGGAUAAAAGUUGUCCCGGGUAGGCGGGUUAUCCCUAGCAGAGCGUUUACAAGGCAGGUAGGGUAACCCUCUUGCUAGGGUAACCCUAGCACUCAGGUAGGGUUGCCCUAGGGCUAGGGUAACCCUACCUGCCUUGUAAAUACUCGCACAUUUCUUCUUUUUUCACACAACGUGUUAGGGUAACCCUCUUGCUAGGGUAACCUUAGUUACCCUCCCUCCUUGUAAACAGGGCCUAAGCCUCUCUCUCUUUCAAUCCUUUCAAUAACGUUUUUAACACCUGCAUAAAGUACUUGGUGGGAGAGUAAGAAAGAAGGGUAGGCACUUCCUCUGUAAGCCCUCGUCUCUUUUAAUUCCUAAAAUAAAUUUUACAACAGCCGUAUGAAGUGCGUGGUAGGGGGGAAAGAGAGAAGGGGAGCAUUUUCUAUCUCACUUUUAAUCAGUGAAACCAUUGUCACAAAAGAUUGGAAAUGAAUGCGGAAUGCGUGGUGGAGGUAAUCAAAUUUUGAUAUCAACUAUCUCCUCUUAGACACCCC